GAACAAGAAUUCAUGCUCAAGUUGAAGAAGACUUGAUGAAGAAACACCUAACUGUUCUAAAAGAAGGUGAAGCUGUGAGCGUCAAUACUUUCCAGUUGAAGGACUAUCUUGGGGAAUUUAGGACCAAUCCUUAUCCUUAUAAGAUUACAUUCUUCAGAACAACUAAGGUGAAAGCAGCUGAUGAUUUUCUCGAGUAUUAUCCCGUAAAAUACUUUUCAAACUUUGAAAAUAUAUUAUCCGGAAAGCUAGACAAAAACGUUUUGGUUGAUGUGAUUGGUCAAAUUGUGAAUAUUGGACAAAUGGAGCAGAUAAAAACAAAGGGGAAGGAUAACUCAAAGCUUGACAUUAUUCUACGAGAUACAAUGAAUGUUCAUCUGACAUGUACUUUCUGGAGUGACUUUGCGAAGAAAGUGAUGGACUAUACUAAAGAGAACAAUACCACCAUUGUUAUCUGUGUGAUUAAGUUUGCAUGUAUCAAGGAGUACAAAGGUAAUAUCUCUAUAUCAAAUGCGUUCAACUCAACGCAAAUCUUUCUCAAUCCAGAAACUGCCGAAGUGAAAACGUUUACAGCCAUGUUAUCAGGCGACAAUCAAUUGGUCACACAUAGUGACAGCAAAGUGUCAUUUGGAUCUGCAGUUUCACUUCAUGAUGAGAUGCUGGUGAUAAAUCCGAGGAAAACAAUUUCAGGAAUUCUUGAUUCAAGAUCGGUUGGAACCUGUGUGGUUGUAGCCAAAAUCGAUUAUGUUGAUUUGUCAAAAAAAUGGUACUAUGUUGCAUGCGAUGCAAAAAGAAAGUUCAACCAUAUGGAGAUGAUUCUGAUGAUGAGGAUGAUUGUCUUCAACACAAACCUCGAUACAACUGCCCAAAACACAAUGACAUCGAAGAUGUUAUCUACAAUUAUUUCUUGAUUCUGCGUGUCUCUGAUGAAUCAGCAUCAAUAACAAAGUUUCUUUUGUUUGACGAAACUGCAAAUAAACUCAUUGCGAGGCCCGCUUUAGAGUUAGUUGAAGAGGCUGCAGAGGAACUUCCUUCUUUCGUUCCUCAAUCUCUAACAGACUUAGUUGGGAGAAAUUUUUUAUUCAAGAUCAAAAUAGAAUCAAAGAAUCAAAAAGGCAGUAGUUCACCUUAUAUUGUUGAUUUAGUGGCUGAUGAUGCAGAUAUGAUUAAAGAAUUUGAGGAACUGCCUAUAAUGAAGAUAAUAUUGUAUUAUUGUUUAAUUUUUUAUACAUUGAUAACUUUACAAAAAAGUCAAUUGUUCAUUUUUGCAGUCACCUAUUGUGAAGUUUCUGAUCACGAGUGGGAAGCAGCAGAGGAAUUUUCAAGAACGCCUUCAUCCAAAAGAAGAGAAGAAACUUCGUGUUUGAUGUCAGUUGAGGAUCAGGGUUCUUCAACCAAAAAGCAGAAGAUGAUGCAAGUGAAAGUUGAGCAGCGUAAAAAAAAUGAUUUAUUUUUUUUUUUUUACCGGUUUUCCGUUGUUUUCUCAUUAGCUUUAUUGAUUUGGUUUUAUAAUAAUUAGGAUCACUUAUGAUCUGCAUCAAUUGUUUCGUGGUAGCAGCUAUUUCUUAUAUUCAGCUUAUUUUCCUAUUAAUAAAAAUAUAUUUUGUC